AUGGUCUUGCAAAUACAGCAUCCGGAUGAUGCUCUCAACCUAUUAAUGAAAUGGAGAACAAAGGUAUUAGACCGAUGUUUUACCUACAACUCCCUGAUAAGCUGCCUUUGUAAUUACGGAAGAUGGGAAGAUGCUGCUGGACUACUGAGUGAUAUGAUUGAGAAGAAAAUCAACCCGGAUGUUGUUACGUUCAAUGCAUUGAUCGAUGCGUUUGUGAAAGAGGGGAAGCUUUUGGAAGCUGAAAAAUUGUACGAGGAGAUGAUCAAAAGGUCUAUAGCUCCUGAUAUUUACUUACAUUCACUGAUCAAUGGGUUUUGCAUGCAGAGUCGCCUAGAUGAGGCCAAGCAGAUGUUUGAUUUGAUGGUUAGCAAAGGAUUGUCUCCCAGACGUUGUGACAUAUAA